GCUCUGGGAGCGGCUGCAGCGGCGUACGCAGUUUCCAUGGGGACUGAAGAUGGCGCCGCGAGGUGAGAUUCCGGAGGUAAACGACUGUCCUCCACCCCGCUGGAAAUCCUGUUCUUUCUGAACGGGUGGUAUUAUGCCACCUACUUCCUGCUGGAACUCUUCAUAUUUCUGUAUAAAGAACUGCACGUUAAGCUCAUUGGCGACCCUCAGAAACUAUUCAGCGGCCCCUGUACCCUUGUAGAUCCGGUCGUUUUGAAGAAUGGAGUCUUCACACACUUUGACUAGGAGUAAAAUGCCCUAAUAACGUGCGUGCCUCUGACAGACGUCACAGCCGCACUGUGAGUUAACCGAUCCUGCAGCAGGAUAACGAUCCUGCCCAGGUCUCCUGAACUGGUUCAUGGAAGGCUGAUAAGACCCGUGCCCUCAUUAUCCCCGGGUGUGCGGGCGUUCUUGCCGGCGGUGUAUGUGGUUCGCAGACUCUGGCUUUUGCGUUGUCAGCUCUCCUGCUACCGUAUCCAACAGCCAACCUAGUACUGGAUGUGGUGAUGCUUCUCCUUUACCUUGGAAUUGAAGUGAUCCGGCUGUUUUUCGGUACCAAGGGAAACCUCUGCCAACGAAAGAUGCCACUUGGUAUUAGUGUGGCCUUGACCUUCCCAUCUGCCAUGAUGGCCUCCUAUUACCUGCUGCUGCAGACCUACGUGCUCCGCCUGGAAGCCAUCAUGAACAGCAUCUUGCUCUUCUUCUGUGGCUCCGAGCUGCUGCUCGAGGUGCUCACACUGGCUGCUUUCUCCAGUCUGGACAGGAUUUGAAGUACACAAAUUUCAGCCAGCGCCCCUCACGGGCUGAGACCACAGAUACUUUUGGUCUUUAGCCGCACCAGUGAGAAUUGCGGGGUCAUGGUGUCCCGGGAAGGGUUGCAGCUUUUUCUCAACACAGACAUUUUGGGCAACAAACUGAGCAUGAGGCCACUGGGCAUCAUCUUCUAAACCAGGACCAUCAGCCCGAGAGACUGUUCUACACUGCAGUGUAGGGAGGGGCAAGGCUGUCCGGGCUGAGAACCAGCUCCCCGCCGCCCUCGGGCUCGCUGUGAUGCUCACGGCCAGAGCCUCUCGUGUGGACCGCGGAGGCUCCUUGGGCUCCCAGCAGGGCUGGAGCCCCACACUCCCCGUCUGCGCCGUGUCACCCCCGCCGCCUGAGCACAGAGAGCCUCAGGAUAUCUGCCCCCAGAGCGACGCGAAAGCCUCUCCCCUCAUUCCUCAGAGACGGAGCUCCACAACUUUUUUAGUAGCUCAUAGUAUUAUUUUUCUACUCUCAUCAUGAAACAAACAUUGUUUUAUAAUAAAUGUGUAUUUUCUGUCA